AUGACGAAGCGUCCUCCGUCUGCUUCAGCGGGCAAGCGGCCCAAGAAGUUUGUGGAGGGUACAAGCACGGCGCUUGAGCUUGCAGCUUCAAUCGCAGCCCAACAGGAGAAGAAAACUCAGGAUAAGACGGACGCGAACAAGCGCAGAGUAUCCCAUAACACGGAACAUUCGUCUCCUACUGUUACUACUCGAGAUCGAAAGUCUCGAAGCUCAGGGUCGCAGAAACUGAAAGCCGUCAAGGAAGUUCUUCUCGCUCGACAGAAGGAGAAGACUAAGCUGCGGCGGAAGCGAACUAACAAAUCCGAUACUACGGCCGACCCGACCUCAAACGUCUUUCGGUCCACGGCAGAUCGGGAGCCAGCCGCCACUGGCGCCUCCGCAACCGCAACCGCAGACCAGGCAGCAAAGGUCAAGCCAGGACGCAAAAGAGUUGCAUUCGCAUGAACACCAUCCUGAACUACCAUCGAGGAGGCCCUCAGGCAUUCCUCUGCUCAAAGUCUCCACCUUGCAAGCAGGCCGCGAUGCCAAGUAGCGCUGUCCUCCUGCGGCUUGGGAUACGCUCCUUUGCCACGGGGAUCGAUAGACCAUGCCAAGCCUUCGCUGCACUCUGAACCGUGCAUCCGAUAUCUUGCGACAGUUGGAGCAAUAUGCAGGCACGGGAUUCAAGGGACGCAUGCGCUCUGUGGAUGAAGUUUGGGCAGAUAGUAGAUCCCAUCAGCAUGGAUCUUUCACGGACUGCUCGAGCUGGAUUGUGCUUUGGGAGAUUUCCAAUGCAGGAAACGAACGGAGAUAGGAUGACAGUCCUGAGCUUCAGGUUCAGGGCUGAAAUGUAACAUGUUUAGCCAUCGUGCCAGGGAUGUAUUACAUUGUGC